AUGAGCGAACAGCCAGAGACGAAGCCAGACGGCAAGAUUUCCCUGACGGUCACCUUUCCCGGCACAGCGCAAGACGGAAUAACAUUCGCAGUGAAACCGGGGACAGCAUGCUCGAAGCUAUACAAAGCGGUAGCGGCGCAAAGGGGCGUCUCUGAGAACAGCUUCGUCCUCCAAAUUGACGGUACGCGGCUCAACGCGGAUCAUACUGUCAAGAUGUACGAACUUGAAGAUGGUGAUACGAUCGAGUUUCACGUCCAUCAGGUUGGAGGAUCAGCAAGCAAUUGA